GCCCAGCUCUGAGUGUGCAGGGGGGAGGAGCAAGAGUAUAAAACAGCAACAUGUGGCUCAGAGGCUCAGUUUUAACGCUCAGCUUGUCUCCAGUAUGAAGCUUUAUCUUCAGUCAGUCUCUCAGCUCGCCUUCCUGAGCCUCUGCUGUGUACUGAUCACAGUGAGAGAGUCAGACAGCACGUUUGUCCCGGGAAGAUGUGUGUGUCCACAGACGCAACCAGGUGUCAGAGGGCAACUGAAAGAGCUCACGGUCUACCCAAAAAACCCCAGUUGUCACAAAGUCACAGUAAUAGUGACACUGAGGAGUAACAACACCCUAGUGUGUCUGAAUCCAGAGGCACCGAUGGGCAAACAGCUGAUUCGCUGCUGGAAUAGAGCUCAUAGGUUGGGUCGUGAUGUGACGCUGUGCCUGAAGAGAAGGAGGAGAGGGAGACGAGGUCAGCACCAGCGGUCUCGACAGAGGAGCCGGGGCCACAACAGGAAAGCCUCAUCCUCUAACUCCCAGUAGUCAAGCAGCCUGACAGAUGAUACAAAGCUACUGCAAGGAGAGAACUGUGUACAUGCUGAUUCUUGCCACACUGUGGACUACAUACCACCAGGGGCCGUUAAAAAACCCCAACAUGCUACCACUUUUCUUUCUAUAAACGUCACACAGCUAUGAUGUCAAGCUCUCCUAAACUGUUGUCUGGGCUGUAAAUCAACCUCGCUUCCUAGGCCAGCAGCAGAGGGCUUUAUUUUUUUAUGUGCAAAUGACUGAUGUGAUGUUGAAAACUAAGCCCUGGAGGCUUGUCAUAAAUGUUAACAGUUUUAGCUUUUAAACUCUGUUAAAUGGUCAAUAUAUUGUUUAUGUGUAGUUAUGUGUAUGCAGCUGGAAAAGCUAACUGAAUACACUUAGUUGGUUAUUUAUUUUUAUGUGAACAUGGGCAUUUUUCAGACAUUGUUUUUUUUAAAUAAAGAAAUCAGAACAAUA